CUCGAACCGUUAUUAUGCUUUUUAAACCAUUCAAAUUCGUAUUAUAGUUCACCGUCUGUCUGUUUAUGCGGUCAUUCGUGAAUCUAGUUUAAUGCGUGUACCAACGAAAGUAUAACCAGUCGUGUAUAGUGUAUGUACAGUUUUUUUUUUUUUUUUUUAAUAACUCCCGAAAAUUAAAUUUUUUUUAACUCAAUCCCUUUUAAAAUAAAUGCGAUCGAAUCGACUAUAAAACUCGGCCGGCCGAUCGAUCAGUUUUUGUUUGUUUUUUUUUUUCUUCAAAAACCUGCUUUUACCAUUUUGCGGUAUACCUCGCAAUAAUAGCACACAUGAGGCCGACAGUCGCCGCCGCUUGUUUGGCCGCCGUGGCCGUCGUGGUCGCGGUGGACGCGUCCGACCUGGACCUGGUGCUGAUCCACACCAACGACAUGCACAGCCGGUUCGACGAGACGGACCUGUACUGCAACGAGUGCCGCGAAGACGACGCGUCGCUGGGCCGCUGUUACGGCGGAUUCGCGCGCGUCGCCCAGUUCGUCAAAGACCAACGGCGGUUGGCCCAAGAGAGCGGUUUGCCGUCCCUGUUCCUGGUGGCCGGCGACACGUUCCAGGGCACGCCGUACUUCUCGUUCUUCGAGUGGAGGCCCGUCGUCGAUUUCAUCAACCAACUGCAACCCGACGUCAUGACUUUAGGGAAUCAUGAGUUUGAUCACGGUAUCAGCGCUCUUUUGUCAUACUUAAACGGAAUUCAAGACAUACCCACAGUAGUAUCUAACUUGAAUAUGACGGCAGAACCAGAAUUAAAUAAUUUCGUAUUGCCGUCAUUAAUACUCACCAUAAACAACACAAAAGUGGGCAUUGUUGGAUGCUUGACAACAGAUACUCCGACCAUAUCAAAUUCCGGAGACGUUGGAUUUUUUGACGAAGUAGAAUCUUUGAAGAAAGAAACAAAAAAGUUACUCAAAAACGGUGUUAAUAUAAUUAUUUGCAUUAGUCAUAGUGGCAUUGAAAAGGACAAAGUAAUUGCUAAAGAAGUAGAAGACAUUGAUAUAAUUGUUGGGGGACAUACACAUACAUUUUUGUAUUCCGAUACUCCACCCAGCAUUGAAAAACCUUACGGACCAUAUCCACUAUACGUUACAAACGUUAAAAACAAGGCUGUACCAAUAUUACAAGCAUACGCAAAUACCAAAUACGCGGGCAAAGUUAUUUUAAAAUUUGAUUCUAAUGGUGAAUUAGUUAAUAUUAAUGGUUCGCCAACAUUAUUAAAUCAUGAAAUAAAACAAGAUCCAAUGAUGUUGACCGUGGUCGAUCAAUGGAAGCCACAAGUAACCAGUAUUACAAACGUUACAAUUGGGCGUACGGCUGUGGAGUUAAUAAACAAGUGUCGCGGAGAAGAAUGCAACAUAGGUAACCUGAUAGCUGAUUCUUUCGUAUACUACAACGUUAUGAAAAAAGAAAUUUAUAAUGAAUAUUGGACUGAUGCUCCUAUUGGGAUUAUUCAAGCUGGUAGUAUUCGGACAACACUCAACGAAACCGAUCAUGACGGUUACAUCACUUUGGGACAGUUGAUCAAUGUCAUUCCGUUUGCUAAUAAUCUUGUCAAAAUUACAAUUUCUGGUUCUACUCUUUUAGAAUCAUUUGAACAUAGCGUUUCUGACUAUGAAUUCAAUCAUGGUUCAUCUAAAUUUUUACAAGUUUCUGGUGUUCUGGUCAAAUAUGAUUUAACACAGAGUCCUGGAAACCGAGUCACCUCACUGUCUAUUCGAUGUGGUCAUUGUAGCGUUCCUAAAUUUGAACCAUUAGUGUUGACUGAAAAUUAUACAAUAGUGAUGUCUAAUUAUUUGGCAAAUGGUGGUAAUAAUUUUCAGGCAUUUAAAAAAAGAAUAAACAUCGAAUCACUAGAUAUUGAAGAUUAUAAUGCAACAGCGGUAUACAUGCAAUCCAUAAGUCCCAUAACGAGUGGAAUUGAUGGCAGAAUCGACUUAAAUUCCAACAACAAUAACGAAAAUUCGGCUGGAUCAAAUAUAAAUACGUGGAAUUAUCAAUUAAUAGUGACUAUUUUAAUUAUUACAGUAUUAUUUUUUGACAUUCAAAAUGUCAUCUAACAUUAACUAUACCUAAAUAUUUAAAUAAGUAUUAAAUAUAAACAGAUUUGUAUUUUUAUGAUAAUUUUAUUAUUUUGUAUUAUAAGGUAUAAAAUACCUAUGUAUAAUUAAAUAUAUUUAGACUUAAUUCCA